AUUCACAAUCCCCCUUCUCUCCUUCUCUUCUCUCUUCGAUAAUUUCGCCUUCCUUCUUCUUCUUCUCUUGAUCUCAUUGUUUCUUCCUCGAUCAAGAUUCAUUUUCAAAGAUCUCAUAUCUUGUGGGAUUAAUCAAUAAAAAUAGUUAGAAAAAACAUUGAUGCUUAACCAGCAGUUCUUGGUCUUUGAGACACAUGUCUCCGAUUAUACUCAGUGAGAUCUUCCUCUCUGGGUUUAUGCUAAACUCCACAGUCAGGCGCAGGACCCAUCUCGUUCAAUCUUUCUCUGUUGUCUUCCUUUACUGGCUUUACUACGUCUCAUAGUUUCUGAAACUCUCCAAGCUUAAUUAAUCUUUCAUAUAUAUUAUAUACUCUUAUAACUAUAUCAAAACCCUAGCUAGUUAUCUUUAAAAUAUAUUUUCUUUCGUU